UAAAGGUUUAGAGGGCUCCGGAGGAAAGCGCUCGGGUGGAAGGUGAUGGGUUAACUCCUGGCGUUGGCGGGAACCAAUGGCGGUCGCACGUCCAGUCCCCCGACCCUGUCACCAGUAGCAGGAAAGGCCCAGAGGAAGACGCGGGCAGGCUAGCUGGACGAGGGUCCCAGAGCUGGGAUCCGCGGCUUUCCGCUGCUAACAGACAACGGAGCACUGUAUCCACUGGAACCCAUCCACUGGGACCCGGGACCCCUCAGCCCCGCCCCCUCCGCUCCCGGGAUGCCUCAGAGCCCUGUCACCUCCACCCCAUUCUCUGUCCACGAUAUCCUGAGACCUAGGCGCCAGCGGACAGGUUCAGAGGCCUCGUCGCUCCGGAGGGCCCGAAGGAGCCCAGAACAUUCACAGUGCCGGUGGCUGGACCCAGAACUGCUAGGGCCGCAGCCUCUAGGCAGAAGGCAGGAGGGAUCCGAAACCCUGGGAGGUCCCUGCCAGAGGACGCAGGGGAUGGACCAGGAGCCACAGUCCGUCCUGGGGACCGAGGCGCCUGAGCGCUGCGAGGGCGACAGCGGCGACAGCCCGGCACGGCCCGGGGUGCGGGCGCGGCGGCGGAAGCCCCGGGUGCUCUUCUCCCAGGCUCAGGUGCUGGCGCUGGAGCGGCGCUUCAAGCAGCAGCGCUACCUGUCGGCGCCCGAGCGGGAGCACCUGGCCGGCGCGCUGCAGCUCACGUCCACUCAGGUCAAGAUCUGGUUCCAGAACCGGCGCUACAAGUGCAAGAGACAGCGCCAGGACAAGUCCUUGGAGCUGGCGGGCCAUCCGCUGGCGCCGCGCAGGGUGGCAGUGCCGGUGCUAGUGCGGGACGGCCAGCCCUGCCUGAGCCCCUACCCGGCGGCAGCAGCACCCUACAGCUACUGCGGUGGUGGCUGCACCAGCGCCCCCUACGGCGCGACCUACGGCGGCGGAUACGCGGCCACCACACCAGGGCCGGUGCCUCCCGCACCCCUGGCCCGCGCGGCCUUCAGCGGAGACCCCAACGCCCCUCCUCAAGGGCACCUGCCGGGAGCCCUGCAGGGGGUCCGGGUCUGGUGAGGACCCUCUUCCCAGCUGUGCAGAUAAUGGGCACUGGCUCGCCGCGCUUCUCCCCGGGCGUGUGGGCCCUGGACGUAACGCGUCUCAAUGGCCCACCCGGCCCGGAGCCUUCCGCACCGGCGCCCGCUCCCCAACCACUGGCAACUGAGGGUGUCCAAACAGUACUGUGGCAGGUUGACUUUUUCGGGAGUAUUGGGGGAAUCAAAUAAGUACUUGUAACUCGUAUGUCGCAGCCCUAGGGCCUUGGGGGUGAAUUGAGUCUGGAUUCCGAUAAAAUCAUUAGGAGGACAGA